UGCCACAUGUGCCUGAGCAGGUUGUUUGCAAAGGUCAAGCUCCCAGGCUGUUGCUGCAGCAGCUAACAUUUCUCAGCUGUUCUUGGCUCAGUCCUCAAGAUACACCAUCAGAAGGAAGAAGAUUUGCCUUAUUUUUUUGUUUUGUUUCAUUUGAAAGUAGACAGUUGCAAAAAAAAUAAAAAUAAAAAAAAAACAAGCUAAAAUGACUUUACUACACAUGCACCUGUAUUUCACUGGUUUGGUCUUCUGGAUUAUACCGAAAUCAACCUCUUUUGUGCUGCCCAAUGCCACCGAGCUCCUGCACCCCUCCAGCAGCCCGCAGGCUGGCUUGGUGUCCGGCCUCGGGGUGCCGAGGAGUCGCCGAAAGCGAUACAUCUCUCCGCGGGACAUGAGCGCUCUUUUGGACUACCACAACCAAGUACGGGCACAGGUGUCUCCGCCAGCUGCCAACAUGGAGUAUAUGGUGUGGGAUGAGAGACUAGCCAAGUCUGCUGAAGCAUGGGCCGUACAGUGCAUAUGGGACCAUGGGCCACCACAGCUGAUGAGAUACAUUGGUCAGAACCUCUCCAUUCACUCUGGCAGGUACCGGUCAGUCGUGGAUCUUGUGAAAUCUUGGUAUUAUGAGAAACAGCAUUACUCCUUCCCCUACCCUCGUGACUGCAACCCCAGCUGCCCCUCCAAAUGCAGUGGUUCUGUUUGCAGCCAUUACACCCAGAUGGUGUGGGCCUCCUCCAACAGAAUUGGCUGUGCCAUCAACACCUGCUCCAACAUGAACGUGUGGGGCAGCACCUGGCGGCAGGCGGUGUACUUAGUGUGCAACUAUGCCAUCAAGGGCAACUGGAUAGGAGAAGCUCCUUACAAGGUGGGGAGACCGUGCUCGGCCUGCCCCCCCAGUUAUGGUGGCGUCUGCAGCAACAACAUGUGCUUCACGGGACUCAAAUCCAACAAAGUGAGCUGGUUCUGAGCCUCUGAGAGCUCUUCCUGACGGCUGGAAAAGUGGAGCUGCGGCUGGCACCAGGAGAGCGUGGGAAAUGCCAUGUACAAUGUUGUGUAAACUAGGAGAAUUAUUUAUAACAGUGACAUUCCAGGCUGCUUCCCCCUCCCCCCCCUCACCCCCACCCCUCCAGCUGCAUUUAGGAAGUGUUAGUCAGUAACUGCUCUAAAGAGCUGGCAGGAUCUUUCCCUAUGGUUAUUCUGUUCUAUCCCGGCUGUAGCCCACUCCCCUAACGCUGUGUAGGGAAUGGUUGAGCUGUCACUUUGUCUCUGUGUUACACAGCUCCCGAGGGAGCGCAUGGGGUGGUGUUCCUCUGAGGGCAGUAGGUGCGGUUAGGUUCUCAGGGUAGCAGAGUGUCGAGGGAAAAGUCAUAGUGGGAUGUCUGUCCUCUUUCCAGCUCUGUGAUGCCCCCUCCCCCCAGCUCACACGUAAGGCAGAUGAUCGUUGUCAAUAAUGCU